AUGAUUCUAACAAAAAAAGCAUGCGGACCUGAUGCUCAUUCAAUGAAUAUUUUAUGUUGUAAGACAGCACAUGAUUUUAUUGUUUUUCAUCGUUAUGUAUCAGAGUAUGAUUGGUUUUGUCAUUUUGAUGAUGAUCAAUAUGUCAAUGUUAAUAAUCUUAAGCAAUAUUUAUCUACUCUCGACUCCAAUCAACCUUAUUAUAUCGGACGUACCUCAUGGUCUGAUACUGUAAAACGAUCAAAAGAACCAUAUCCAUAUCCAUUUUGGUUUGCUACAUUAGGUGCUGGUGUAUGUCUAUCAAAACGUACAAUUAAUCUUCUCGAGCCUUAUACACAAAGUGUAUCACAAUUUGUUGAUGGUUGUAUAAAUGAAAAUUAUCACGAUGACAUCUAUUUAGGCUUUCUCUUAAAUGCUUAUUUAAAUGUAACAUUAACAAAAAAUAAUCAUUUUCAUUCUCACCUUGAAAAAUUCUUUUAUCAUAAUAAACAAUCAUUCCUUCAUACAUUUACAAAUGAAAUAACAUUUGGUUUUAGUACACCUGAUCGAUAUCCUUAUUAUCUUCCUCAACUGUAUAAAACUCAUGUAGAUCCAUAUCGUAUACGAACACUUCAUUGUCUUCUUUAUACAACACAAUUUAAAGAAUGUGAAACAAAAGUUCAUCAACAUAUUUUUAAUUCUACUAAAUAA